GUACACUCCUAAAACUUCUCCACUUCUCAAUGAAUCAUCAAACUUAUCAUUAAAACGAGAAAGCUACCAGAGAAAACUCUGUUAUAACCAGUCCAUUUCUAAUGAAUCACCAACCUUAUCAUUAAAAGCAGAAAUGCUAUCCAACAAAAACUUUCUGUCUAUACAUACAUACCCACAUGUACAUAUAUACAAUACCCACGUAUGUUUUAAACCCAAAUGGGUGGUCGAGCUGAUUGACUCACUAAAAGUCUUGGAAGAGUACGUCCCCAGCAAAAGUCAUCCCUUUGGUUGAGCUGAUUGAUUCACACUGCUGCCAAAACAAGAUAGGCUUAGGAUUCAACUUUCUUCUCCCAGUUUCUGUACUUCUCUAUAUCUGCCUACAGCAUUUCAUAAUCUCCCUCCCAUCCGCACGCCAUAAAACUCCGGAAUUUUCAUAAUCUGAAAGCUUAAAAAUGGAGAACGGGAGAAGAGUACUCAACCAUGAAAUGGAGACGACGACACCAGCAGCUGCUUCGACAAUCACCAUUAAAGGCAUUCUGAGUCUGUUAAUGCAAAGCAUUGACGAAAAUCAGGUGGAGAAGAAGGUUAUUUCCCUGGGCAUGGGUGACCCUACUGCUUAUUCGUCCUUUCACACUACUCAUGUCGCUCAACAAGCUGUUUCAGAUGCUCUGCAAUCUGAUAAGUUCAAUGGGUAUUCGCCUACUGUUGGGCUUCCCCAAACCAGGAGGGCAAUUGCGGAAUAUCUGUCACGUGAUCUUCCAUACAAAUUGUCAUCAGAUGAUGUUUUCAUCACAUCUGGAUGCACACAAGCCAUCGAUGUUGCAUUGGCGAUGCUUGCUCGUCCUGGUGCAAACAUCUUACUUCCAAGGCCAGGAUUUCCUAUAUAUGAACUUUGUGCUGCUUUUAGGCAUCUUGAAGUUAGGCAUUUCGAUCUUCUUCCUGAGAAAGGCUGGGAGGUUGAUUUGGAUGCAAUUGAAGCUCUUGCAGACCAAAACACUGUAGCAGUGGUGAUUAUAAAUCCUGGGAAUCCCUGUGGAAAUGUUUACAGUUAUCAACAUCUGAAGAUGAUUGCAGAAACUGCAUACAAGUUAGGAAUCCUUGUAAUUGCCGACGAGGUCUAUGGUCACCUUGCCUUUGGGCGUACUCCAUUUGUGUCAAUGGGAGUUUUUGGAUCAAUUGUUCCUGUUCUUACUCUCGGCUCUCUAUCAAAGAGAUGGAUAGUGCCUGGUUGGCGACUUGGUUGGUUCGUGACUAAUGAUCCCAGCGGCACAUUUAGAAAGCCUAAGGUUGUUGAGCGUAUUAAGAAGUAUUUCGAUAUUUUGGGUGGGCCUGCAACCUUCAUUCAGGCGGCAGUUCCUGCUAUCCUUGGACAAACCAAUGAGCUUUUCUUCAAGAAAACGAUUAAUACACUGAAGCACUCAUCAGACAUCUGUUGUGAUAGGAUAAAGGAAAUCCCAUGCAUCAGUUGUCCCCACAAACCAGAGGGAUCUAUGGCUGUGAUGGUGAAACUAAAUCUUUCCUUAUUGGAUGAUAUAAGUGAUGACAUUGACUUUUGUUUCAAGCUGGCGAAAGAGGAAUCUGUGAUUAUUCUUCCAGGAACUGCGGUGGGGUUAAAAGAUUGGCUUCGAAUCACUUUUGCUGCUGAUCCAUCCUCUCUUGAAGAAGCUUUCAGGAGGAUAAAAUCUUUCUAUAAAAGACAUGCCAAGCAUCCUCAGUAAGAAUGACAAUUCAAGUUGCCAUCGCCCAAUAGCUACAAGUAACCCUAAGUUGGAUUCUUUGGUACUAGCCAGAAUAGCUGCAAGGGUGAGAAUCACUCUAUUCUUAAACAGGUAAAUAUUGUAUAUAAGGGAUAUCCACAGCAGAAUGCGGCUAACACAGGCAGGGUGGUCGGCCAUUAUGUUUCAAGAAAAUGUUCUAUAUAUUUUAGCCAAAAGAAAAGCCAUAGAUCAAAACCCUUAAAAAUUCCUGCUUAUCUGUUAAAACUUUUGAGGUUAAAACUCAAUCACUAUUCAGUUUCAUAUGAACAAUGCAGAUCAUGUAUCCUACUUAUUUGGCACUUGAUGGAGCACUGAUGAUUUCUUCGAUCACAUCCAUCUGUGUGUAUUCAUUCUGCAAGGUUUACACAUACUAGUAAAGCAGAUAAGGUUUUGUUCAUGUUAA